CCUCGACCGACUCAGUUAAAACCAAGGACCUUUAAAUCGUCACCAUUACAACAGGAAACGGACAAACUUGACUCCAUUUAACAGCCAUUUUUGCUUAAGUCUCAUUUCAGGAGACUUUAAUAAGCUGUAAACAACGAUGCCUCUGAACGACGAGCGGCCGUCCUCCACCUCCAGCAGCGACGGGGAGUCGUCGUCGGAGCGCUGCAACAGCACCACGUCGGCCAGCGACAUGGACUGCUCCCGCGAGAGCUUCACCAGCGAGGGCUCCAGCAAGCACUGCACACCCUCCUCGAGCCCACCUAAAACGCUCACCCUGGAUGAGGUCAUGGGCUCUGCACGAGACCUCUCCAAUCUCAGCUUGUUCCACGAGAUCGUCGUGAACCGCAAUUUCCACCUGGACCCGCACAGAAUACCUGAGGAGGGCUUAUGGAAAAUGGUGCGCGACAAUGUCCACAAGGCAUUCUGGGACGUACUGGAGUCUGAGCUGAAUGACGACCCACCUGAGUACCAUCAAGCCAUCACACUACUUGAGGAAAUCCGAGAGAUCUUACUGUCCUUCCUCAACCCGGGCGCCAACCGCAUGCGGACCCAGAUCACAGAGGUGCUGGACAUGGACCUAAUCCGCCAACAGGUGGACAAUGAUGCAUUGGACAUAGCGCGCCUCGCCUCCUACAUCAUCACGGUCAUGGGCAAGCUGUGCGCCCCGGUCAGGGACGAGGAGAUCAAGAAGCUGCGGGAGAGCAGGGAGAACACAGUGCCGCUGUUCAGGCAAAUCUUCCGCAUGUUGGACCUGAUGAAGACAGACAUGGUCAACUUCACCAUCGACAACAUGAGGCCCGUGAUGCAGAAGCACAGCAUCGAAUACGAGAGGGCCAAGUUCCAGAGCAUCCUGGACAAGACGCCCGGUGCCUUGGACAACACCACCGCCUGGAUCAAAAGGUCUCUUGAGGAGCUGCUGUCUAGCAGCGUGCCCCCACAGGAGACAAAUGGGCAGAGUAAAGGACAGCCAAGGGUUCCCGGACCCUUUCAGGUCCUCAAUGUGGCCUUCCUUCAGAUUCUCUUAUGGGACUACAGCCAGCACCCACUCCCGGAGACCUGGAUGACGGACGAGACGCGUCUGCGAGAGGUGCAGGGCCAGCUGAGGCAGGUCCAGGCGGUGAACGAGGUGCUGCUCAUCGUCUACAGCACCAUCGGGGGACCCAUCCAGGGUCUGUCGCCUUUGUCGGAGCGCCUCAAGAGGAUGACAAGCGUACUGCUGGAUGAUAUGCACAACACACAUGACAGCCUAGAGGAGGCGCUGGUGGGCGUCAGCGCUCAAAUCUGCAGCGAGCUGAACAAGUCAUUGGUGGAGAGGAACUACCCGACGCUGACCCCGGCACUCCAGGCCACCCUUACGGGUCAGAUCUGCAGCAUCGCCCACAAGGACAACCCUAUCCGCACUCUUGUUGAGGACCGUGUCCUACAGUACUUCACGGAGCUCAUCUGUGACCCAAAACCCCAAGCCAAACUUGAACAAACACCAGCCGGUUUGGACCCCAUCCGCACUGAGCUAGCAUCGCUGGCGGCCAAAUUUGUCUCCCUGGUCCACUACAACAAGGCCGUCUAUGGACCUUUUUAUGCCGACAUCAUCAGGAAGCUGAUGUUCAGUAGCAACCCACCAGGGGCUUCCCCUCCUCAGGACUCUGCUCAAAACCCUAUCACCUCCAACUGAACCUUGUCACCAUGCAGUCUAUUUUUGUCUUUUACUCAUCGGAAUGGAAAUAAAAAAACAGAUUUCCAUCCUUUUAGCUUCCUGCAAGACCACGACCAAUUUAGCAGUUGGAGUGGGAGUGUUACUCACUUUUUUUGAACUAUUAUCCUUAAAUGUACUCCUUCUCAUAUUUUGAGUCAUUUGGUGGCAAAGGGGCAGGUUUGUUACAAUUCUUACAACAAAUGUAUGUAGGAGAAACAACAAGAAUAUUGCUAUAUUUAGAAGAGCAACACAGUAACAUUUCAGAUUCUUUAUAUACUACAUUAUGACUGCUAAAGUUUUCUAUAGUCCGUUAUAGAGUGUAUGUACUGGAAAGACAUUGUAAAGUGACACUUUAAAAAAUAUUCUAAAAGAACAUAGCACCCUCCUUAUGGAAUUUAUAUUUAAUUACUCUUCCUUUAGCUUCUUAAAGGAGCUUUUUUUUUUUUUUAAUUCUGGAUAUUUUAAUUAUUCGUCUGCAUGAAUGCUUUUCUGUGUUUAUUGUAUUUGCUUGUUCAUUUGUGGGACUAUCUGACAGAUGUUUGUUGUCCUAUUCAGAUUGUAUUAUAUCAAUUUGGUGUGACUGAUUAGAUUUAGGUUAUCUGACCAGGUACUUUAGCUGUUACAGUAUCCCUGCAUUGGCUGAUACAACCAAAAGGUGCUGAACCCUUGAGGGAUUCUGUGUCCCAUGUGGACUCAAAGAUGCACAAAGAAAAGCAAUUCCUAACUGAAGUUUACAUACAUAUGUGGGAAGUUGUUGCUGUUUUACUCUACUGCAGUAAAUAUAAUGAAAAAAUAAAAUGAUAAAAAAUUGUG